CCCUGGCCCCAAGGCCCCUGGUCCCCUGAUGCUCGCAGAAGCUGAGGUCCUUUCCCCGUUCUACCGCAGGUUUGCUCCACAAAGAUGAACUGGACGGCAGCGACGUGCUGGGCUCUGCUGCUAGCCGCCACCUUCCUCUGCGACAGCGGUGCGGCCAAGGGUGGCCGUGGAGGGGCUCGCGGCAGCGCCAGGGGAGGGUUGCGCGGAAGCGCGCGCGGGGCCCCGAGGGUGCGCGUGAGGCCGGUGCCUCGCUACGGAGGCUCCUCCCUGCGCGUGGCGGCAGCGGGGGCGGCGGCCGGGGCGGCCGGGGCGGCCGGGGCGGCCGCGGGCCUGGCAGCGGGCUCCAGCUGGAGAAGGGCCCCGGGCCCGGGGGAACACGACCUGGAGGACGAGGACGCGGGACCAGGUGGCAACCGGACGGGCCAAGGCGUCUACAGCUACCGGGCAUGGACUUCGGGCGCGGGGCCCACCAGCAGCCCCCACCUCUGCCUGCUGCUGGGCGGCGCUCUUGGCGCCCUGGGGCUGCUGCGGCCCUAGGCCCUGCCGGGCUAGGGCAAGAUCUGGCCCUCAGCCAGUGCCCUCAGGCAGGUCUCUCCAGCCUGCCCCAGAGACCUCCAGCCACUGAGCACCCCCUUCCCACCGCUGCCCACUGCCUCUGAACCAGGGAGCCCAGCUCCACCUCUCACCCAGAGGCAGCCUCCUACUCACAGCCCUGCUCAAGUCCCUCCCCAGCCUCCCCAUUUCUCACCCUACCAGAGGCCCAGGGCCCAUAGCUCCAGGAUGCCCCACCUACAGCCAAGUCAGGGUCCUCCCCAGCCAGAAAGACGGUGCCUGUGCUGCCAUCGUGACCAGCAGUCCAGCAUCUCUCCCCGGCUGCCCAGAGAGAUGUGCCAAACCAGGAUGUUCAAGCCAUCCCGGCUCCCCUGACCGCAUCCUGGACCCUGGCGGGGUGUGGACGUGCUGACCACCGAGCCAAGGGGUGGCCCUGAGGACACCGUGGCCCUCCCCCACAGCAGCAGCCAGUAGGGACCAAAGGCCUAGUGGCUCUGGGGAAGAAGAAGUUUCUCUCACAGGUUCUCGUGUGCCUACCACCUGUCCACAACAGGCAGUCUGGGGAUUUCGGGGCCCACACGUGCCCAUCAUGGGUCUCUGGGUAAUUCCCAGGGCACCCCUGCCAUAGCAGCC